CUACAAGUCCCACAAUGCCACGCGCAAAGGACCACAUCCUCUUCCUGUUGCUCAACGCGCUUGCUCCUGCCGACGUGUUCUUCCGGUGGCGGAUCGGUGGUUUAUCCUGUGCGGGGCAAAAUGGAGCUCGAGGCCAUGAGUAGGUAUACCAGCCCAGUGAACCCGGCUGUCUUCCCGCACCUGACUGUGGUACUUCUGGCCAUCGGCAUGUUCUUCACUGCCUGGUUCUUCGUUUACGAGGUCACCUCUACCAAGUACACCCGUGACAUUUACAAAGAGCUACUCAUCUCCUUGGUGGCCUCGCUCUUCAUGGGCUUUGGAGUCCUCUUCCUCCUGCUCUGGGUUGGCAUCUACGUAUGAGUCUCCAAGGGUACCUCACCAGGCAGCUCACCAAGUCUCUGCUUUUGUAAAUUAAUUUUUUACCAUUGCUACAUAUCCCACCUGCUGUUUACAAUAAAGGCGGAUGUAUGACAGCCCUG